AUGUUAAGAAAUAAGGGUCAUUCCUCCAAACAGGAUAACUUAGCAGUCACUGCAGUGGCUUUACAAGAUCACAUUGUACAUGAUCUUCAACUUCAAAAUCUUUCAAUAGCAGACUCUUCUAAGACAAAGGUACAAAAGACAGAGAACAGAUCCAAAUCUCUAAGAAGAAAUACAAAGGCCCUAAUAGAUACUGGACUUAAGAAAACCACACAAGGAGGCCCUAAAGUGGAAGAUCCAGAAAAAGAAUAUGUUCUUGAUCCAAAACCACCACCAUUAACUUUAGCACAGAAGUUGGGCCUCUUUGCCCCUCCCCCGUCGCCACUGUCGGCGGAUGAAUGGGACAGAGUGAAGCAGAGGUCCGUGGAGCAGGGGGACUCCAUGCAGCCGUGCCCGAUAUGCAGAGAGGAGUUUGGACUUCACCCGCAGGUGCUGCUCUCCUGCUCCCACGUGUUCCACAGGGCUUGCCUUCAGGCUUUUGAAAAGUUCACAAAUAAAAAAACGUGUCCUCUCUGUAGAAAGAACCAGUACCAAACCCGGGUGAUCCGUGAUGGGGCCCGACUCUUCAAAAUCAAGUGUGCGACCAGGAUCCAGGCGUCCUGGCGCGGACACGUGGUCAGGAGGUGGUACCGGGACCUGAGGAGGACGGUGCCGCCCACAGAUGCCAAGCUGAGGAGGAAGUUCUUUGAAGCCAAGUUCACAGAGAUCAGCCAGCGCCUGCUCUGCUCCUACCACACUGACAUCGACGCGCUCCUCUGCGAGGUGGACCGCUGCCUGGCCGUCAACCGCGGCGUCCUGCAGCAGCUGGAGGAGCGGUGUGGCCGCCAGCUCUCGGAAGAGGAGUGGGGCGAGAUCCAGACCCAGGCCCUGCACCGGGAGGCCCCCGACUGCCCCAUCUGCCUCACCGCGCUGGCCGCUGGCGGCCCCGCGCCCGCGCCGCGGGAGACGGUCCUGCUGUCCUGCUCACACGUGUUCCACCACGCGUGUCUGCGCGCCCUGGAGGAGUUCUCCCUGGGGGAGAGCACGCCUUUCCACGCGUGUCCUCUCUGCCGCUCCUGCUAUCAAAAGAGAGUUCUUGAAUGUUGA